AAAGACCCGCCGGGACCCGGGCCGGGCUCCGGCAGCCGGCCAUGGCCUCCAAGGUGCUGCGAGCGGUGGUGCUGGGACCCCCCGGCUCGGGCAAGGGGACGGUGUGCGAGAGGAUCGCCCGCAGUUUCGGGCUCCAGCACCUUUCCAGCGGCCAAUUCCUGCGGGAGAGCCUCCGCGGCGGCGGCGAAGUUGGCGUCUUGGCAAAGCAGUACCUUGAGCGAGGCCUUCUGGUGCCGGACCACGUCAUCACGCGCGUGAUGAUGACGGAGCUGGAGAAGCGGCGAGAGCAGCACUGGCUGCUUGACGGUUUCCCUCGGACGCUGGGGCAAGCCGAGGCGCUGGACAGGAUCUGCGAGCUGGACCUGGUGAUCAGCUUGAACAUACCUUUCGAGACGCUGAAGGAUCGCCUGAGCGCCCGCUGGAUCCACCCGGCCAGUGGGAGAGUGUACAACAUGGACUUCAACCCCCCCCACGUCCAGGGCGUCGAUGACCUGACAGGCGAGCCGCUGGUCCAGCGCGAGGACGACAAACCCGAGGCCGUCGCUGCCAGGCUCAGAAAAUACAAAGACGCUGCAAAGCCCGUAAUAGAGUUGUACAAGAGCAGGGGCAUCCUUCACUCCUUCUCGGGGACAGAGACCAACAAGAUCUGGCCGUACGUGUACACCUUGCUUUCCAGCAAGAUCCCACCCGUUCUCUCGGACGAGGAGAACUAAACAGCUUGUGCCAAGGACCCAGAGUUAAUUCAAUCACGGAUUUGGUUUCUCUGCGCGGUGCUGGGGCUGUGCUCAGAUUAGGCGAUCAUGUGGUAUCUAAAGUUCCUUCCCCGGGCGUACUGGGCGGUGACAUCGGUGGAUACACGGUUAUAGCCAGUAUCAGGAUGAAAAGAUCUUUGCUUAUAAGGUCAAGACUGCUAGAAUAAGGGUUUUUUUUUUUCUCUUUUGAGGCUAUAAAGUAUUCCUGCCUGUGGUCCAAGUACACACACAGAUCAGUGAUGCAAACCUGGGUAACGAUCAUACCAGGUUGACACAGCUUGCCAUGAUGUCCUUGCCACCCCCAUACAAACCCCAGUCUCUGAGCCGACAGUGUGCCAUCCCGUUGCUCCACAGUACCGUUUACUGCAGAUUACUCUCUAGGUUGGGGGAUUUUUUUUUUCUCUAAAUUAUUUUCUAUUAAAUUUAUUUCUCAGAGAAAUAAAACUCUAAAAAGCAAGACUUAGCCCAGUGGAAACUGGUGAGCAACAUGGAAAAUGCGUACACUACAAAGCUCAGAAAUGUGAAGAUGGCAUUUCCAGCAUUAAUAGACAUAAAAGAGGGAAAACAUUGGAGGUAAAACCCACACUUGUGCUUCUUCCAUAGAGAGACAUGAAUCCCCUGUUACAAAAAGCUGCUGUACAGUCUAGUUUUCAUGAGAUGCUGUGACACUGAGCAGGAUCUCUGCUGGGGAUGAGUUGCACUCCUUUGUGCUUACCUUGUGUAUAGCUUUUAAUACUACAAGAUACAGUCAUGUUAUAAGGGUUUGUCCCAAAGAUUUAAUUUAACGUAUGCUUCGGUUUUGGGGAGAAACCAAGUCAUUCCAUCUUCUGUGCUGCCUUUGUCCCUGAGGUCCCCUGGAGAUAGGGUGUUCCCUAAGUGGUUCCCGCUGCGGCUGCAGCAUCCCUGGCAGAAGCGGCUCCCUCCCCACGAACCCCCGGAGGGAUGAGAGCCUUCCCUUCCUCGGGACGCGUGCAGGGGCUGCCGAGGGCUGUACCCAGGCGUUUCCCCGAGAUUUACAGCAUCAUCUGAGCGUAUCUCUCCUCUUCUCGCACGCAGGAGCUUUGCGGCCGGGUGGAGUGGCUUUUCUCAACUGGAAGUACUGUAAUCCUCUUUGGUGGUAGGAUGCAGUACCUGAGCAAUGGGGACAUUCUUUUUGUCUCCUCGAGUUGCCUUAUUUUAUAGACUAUAUAUUUAAGAAAAAAGCAAGAUGUGUAUUUUUAAAGGUUUAAAAAAAAAAAAAAGCGCUGAAUUUUAGCAUCCACUUUUGGGAACUCUGCACGAAGCUGCUUGCGUUCGCAGAGCGUGCUGCAGUCUGCCAUGGGUGGCUCAGCAGGAGGGCAGAAAAGCUGUCACUCCCCGACGCCCGUUUGAUUAAUUCCAGCAGCCUGGGCAAGUUUCUGUUGCUGAAAUGUCACUGUUUUUAUUUCUGCUUGGAGAGUGGCCCUGUGGCAGGGGAGGGGGAGCUGACUGGCUUUUUUAGGGAUGCACGGGCUCUGUGUGCGAAACUUCAGCACAUCCCCGGGCGUCUUUUAUCCCUGCUGAGCCACCCGCAUCCUCAUGCUAUCAGAGGAGCCCCUGACGUUUGCUCUCUCCAUCGGAGGCAGCUUUGCCCUGGCGCUCGCCUGGUAACGGAGCCAGAAGCCGUCGGGCAUCUGCCGAGCGAGAUCUCUGCCCACGUGCUGCCUGCUCGUCGCCUGCCUGCGGGUGAAAGCGAUGAGGCGGCGGCGGCAGGGGAGGGCUCCGCAUCCCGCUCUGGAUGGGGAUUUCCCAGGUGGGAGCAGAGGGACCAUUGGGUUUCACUGCUGUCCCUGGGGGCCUUUCCGUCCCCCCGGAGCUCCCGGGUUGGGAGGAUGCAAAUCUUCCACCCUGCAAUGAAAUCCUAUUUAAGAAAGAUUUUAGAUUUUUCCCAUGACCCUCGGACGAAGGUCUGGGCCGUUUUUAAACAAAAAUCUAGAAAUAGGCAAAAUGUGUGUGCUGUUUUCUUUCUAACAGUGUUGGGCAGG